ACAGAACCCACCUGCUUACCCAUCCUGCACACAAGACAGUACCAGUCGUGUAAUGGCGGCACCGGUGAGCCAGGACAGCAAGGGCGUUGAUGCCUUCCUGGCGUCGUGCGCGGAGUCCGGCGACGCUGCGUACCGCGCGGCCAAGACCAUACUCGAGCGCCUGCAGGACCCCGACUCCCGCGCCGAGGCCCGCCGCCUCCUCGGCGCCGUCCGCCUCCGCUUCGCCGAUCCCGCCGCCGGGCAGGAGUGCAUCUCCACCUUCCAUUUCCGCAUCCACGACAUCAUCUUCAACCCCAACCUCCAAGGAUCCCAGCAAACAAAGAAGAUAAUUAUAAUGGAGAUACCUAGCAUUUUCAUUCCUGAGGAUUGGUCAUUUACUUCCUAUGAGGGCCUCAAUCGGCAUCAAGAUUCCAUUUUUAGGGAUAAGAUAGUAGCAGAGCUGGGAUGUGGGAAUGGUUGGAUAUCCAUUGCACUUGCAGGAAAGUGGUCUCCGCUGAAGGUCUACGGUCUGGAUAUAAACCCAAGAGCUAUCAAAAUUGCAUGGAUAAACCUUUAUUUGAAUGCACUAGACGACGAUGGUCAUCCAAUCUACGAUGGGGAGGGAAAAACAUUGCUUGAUAGAGUUGAAUUCUAUGAAUCUGAUCUUCUUUCUUACUGUAGAUACCACAAGAUAGAACUGGAUUGCAUUGUUGGAUGCAUACCACAGAUUAUUAACCCCAAUCCGGAGGCCAUGUCAAAAAUUAUAACUGAAAAUUCAAGCGAGGAGUUCUUGUACUCUUUGAGCAACUACUGUGCUCUUCAGGGUUUUGUUGAGGACCAAUUUGGCCUUGGAUUGAUUUCUCGGGCAGUUGAAGAAGGGAUAGCUGUCAUAAAGCCUAUGGGUAUCAUGGUAUUCAUCAUGGGUGGUCGGCCAGGGCAAGGUGUCUGUGAGCGCUUAUUUCUACGCCGUGGAUUUCACAUCAAUAAGCUCUGGCAAACAAAAAUUAUGCAGGCUGCUGACAUGGACAUAUCUGCUUUAGUGGAAAUUGAGGAAAAUAGCCCACAUCGCUUUGAGUUCUUCAUGGAUCUAGUCGGGGAUCAGCCUGUCUGUGCACGGACAGCCUGGGCAUACAUGAAAUCUGGUGGCCGCAUUUCACAUGCUUUAUCUGUGUAUAGUUGUCAACUUCGCAAUCCUGACCAGGUGAAGAAAAUAUUUGAGUUUCUUAGAGAUGGAUUUCAUGAAGUCAGCAGCUCCAUUGAUUUAUCCUUUGAUGACAAUUCUGUUGCGGAUGAAAAACUUCCCUUCCUAGCAGAUCUAGCUAGUUUCUUGAAAGAGAAUAAAUCCAAUCCUUGUGAGCCUCCAGCUGGAUGUCUAAAAUUCCGGGAACUUGUUGCUGGAUUUAUGAAGAGCUACCACCACAUCCCACUGACUUCUGAUAAUGUUGUUGUAUUCCCUUCCCGUGCCACGGCAAUAGAAAAUGCUCUUCGAUUGUUCUCACCUUCCCUUGCAAUUGUUGAUGAACAUCUGACCAGAUAUCUGCCCAAGCAAUGGUUAACAUCUGUAGCGAAGAAGGGAAGAGCAGGUUGUAAAGAAACUGUCACUGUAAUUGAGGCACCAUGCCAAUCAGAUUUGCUGAUCGAAUUGAUCAGGACACUGAAGCCUAAGGUUGUUGUUACUGGCAUGGCUCAGUUUGAGGCUAUUACAAGUGCCACUUUUCUGAAUAUGCUAAGCGUAACGAAAGAUGUUGGUUCUCGGUUAUUCCUGGAUCUAUCAGAGCAUCUGGAGUUGUCCAGUCUGCCAAGCUCUAAUGGUGUAUUGAAAUUUCUUGCUGGAAACUACCUACCUUCCCAUGCGGCUAUACUGUGUGGUUUAGUAAAGAAUCAGGUAUAUUCUGAUCUUGAAGUUGCUUUUGCCAUUUCUGAGGAUAGAGCUGUCUGCAAGGCACUAUCACAAACUAUUGAGAUACUGGAAGGGCGUACUUCUGUAAUCAGCCAACACUAUUAUGGCUGUAUUUUCCAUGAGCUGCUGGCUUUUCAAAUUAGUGAGAGGCAUCGACAACAAGAGAGACAACCUGCAGAAGUGAUACCUGAGAAGAUGAUAGGAUUUUGUAAUUCAGCUGUGUCUACCCUAAAAGAAGCUGAAUUUUUCGUUCCUGAAUCCAAGGUAGCUGGUGUCAUUCAUAUGGAUUUAGAUCGCAGCUUCUUGCCAGUACCUUCUGCAGUGAAAGCCUCCAUUUUUGAAAGUUUUGUUAGGCAGAACAUUACUGAUUCUGAAACCGAUGUUCGUUCCAGUAUUAGACGGUUGUUGAAAGAUAGCUAUGGUGUUCCAGCAGAUGAUCGUUCUGAAAUUAUUUAUGGCCACACCUCCCUUGCACUCUUCAGCAAACUUGUUCUUUGCUGCAUGCAAGAACAAGGUACUUUAAUUUUCCCCUUGGGCACCAAUGGGAAUUAUGUCUCGGCAGCGAAGUUUAUGAAUGCACGUACAGUUACUGUUCCAACAAAUGUAGAAUCAGGCUUCAAGAUUGAACCAAUGGCUCUGGCUGAUGCAAUCGACAAUGUGAGAGGAUCUCGGGCAUGGGUUUUUAUAUCUGGUCCCACAAUCAACCCUUCUGGUUUUGUGUACAGUAACUUUGAGUUAGAACAAUUGCUUUCUAUAUGUGCUAGUUGUGGAGCUAGAGUAAUGAUAGAUACCUCCUUCUCUGGUAUGGAGUUCCAAACCAUUGGUCGGAAUCAGUGGGAUUUGGAAAGAUGUCUUUGUGCUGUUAGUUGUUUAGACCCCAGUCUUUCUGUUGUUCUGCUCGGAGAGCUGUCCCUUGGGCUGAGUACGGCUGGUCUUGACUUUGGGUUUCUAAUUUUGAAUAACAUUUCCUUGUUUGAGUAUAGUUUCCCAAGCUUGAGUCGUCCACAUAGCACAUUAAAGUACACUUUCAGAAAAUUGUUGGGUCUUAAGAACCGGAGGGACCAGCAUUUCUCCAAUUUCAUCACGGAGCAAAAGGAGACACUGAAGAAUCAGGCCAACCAGUUGAUCAAGACACUUCAGAGCUGUGGCUGGGAUGCUGCUGGCUGUCAUGGCGGUAUCUCGAUGCUAGCGAAACCGACGGCCUACAUUGGCAAAUCAUUAAAGGUCGGCAGCUUCAAAGGCGAGCUGGAUGGCCGCAACAUCAGAGAAGCCAUUCUUGGAUCCACCGGACUGUGUAUAAGCAGUAGCACAUGGACCGGGAUACCAGACUAUUGCCGGUUCACCUUUGCUCUGGAGAGCGAUGAAUUCCAGCGGGCAAUGGACUGCAUAAGUCAGUUCAAGGAGUUGGUUCUGGGAGUCGAUACUUAGAUGAACGGUUACUAGAGGGGUUGAGUGUUUUCUAUCAAUGGAAGGAGAAACCCUCAGAUUAAAGAGACGUAACCUCUGUUAUAUUUUGUUUACUGUUUCAAAACCUUUGUCUUAUAAAGCAGUGAAGCAUGGAAUUUCUGAUGUCAAUAUAUUGUUGUCAAUUGGCUUCUA